CCAAUCCCUUGAAACUCGAGUGCCUGGCGAGAGCAGUGCGCGAGGCAGCUCGGGCUCAGAAAGAUCAUCGACCGCUUCCUCUCCUCCGCGCUGUUCUCUUCCCAAAACACCCCCGAAAGAGCCCAGGCAUGGCCCUGCUCAUGAACCACCCGCAAGCAGCCAGCUCCAUGCCUCACAGCGGCCUUUCGAGUCCCACCGGCUCGGUGUUUGUCGACGACGACGUCAGGCAAUGGGACGAGGCCAGAGUCUCCGACUGGCUCCACUCUGUCAACUGCGCAAAGUACGCGCAUCUCUUCGCAGAAAACCACAUCAACGGCGAGACUCUUCUCGAGGUCGACCAGAACAUCGUCCGCGAGCUCGGAGUCACAAAGAUCGGCGACCGUGUUCGGAUAUCGGUGGCGAUCAAAGCCCUCCGUGCUCGUGCUCUCUCGAAAAAGAGCAAGACCUCGCUCGCCAGUCUCGACAGUGCCUCAGUAUCGCCCUUUCCGGCCCCUGCUGCUUCUUCUGCUGUCCCGCCGAUUUCACCCACCCACGUCUCCAAUCCUCCACCGACCACGCAGCAGCGCACUGCGACUCUCCCUCUCGCUCAUCCUUCUCGACCUCUAGAACAAAAUUUCGUUAAGUUUAUAUUCACAAAGGGCCUCACUAAAGUUGUCGACAUCUCCGGCUGCUUUAAUGGCGAGGCCAUCAUUAAAAAGGGUAUCCGCAAAUUUGGCUCCAAAGACCAGCCUACAGACUGGACAAUCUAUGUCACAGAUGACGUCGGAAACAUACGAGAGGUCCAAGACGUCGAACUCGUCUCCAUCUGCCACACCACCGUUCGCCCUGAGCGCGAGCGGCUAGUCCUCGUUCGCAUCGGUCAAACUCCCAGUUCGGAAGAGUAUCAGAAAUCUCUGCAGAUUGCCCGGGAACAACUCGCCCGCGAGGUCACCCAGCGACCCGGGACAUUUAUCGACAGCACGACGGCGUCUGAGCAGCAAUGGCUACAGCAGCGUCAGCAGCAGCUGAUUUCGGCACAGGCAAAACCCAACGUACAGGUGCAGACGUCCUCAAUGUCUUCUACGGAAGAUGGUGUGAGUCCGAAUGGUAGUCCGGUGCGAACAAAGCGUAUGCGAAAUUUCUUUGGCCAGCGUCCUCCUAGCGAGCUCAUCUCCUCAAAUCUCGCUGAAUACUUCCCUGGCCAUGAGAGUCGCGUACUUGAGCAGACUGUGCGCAAUUCCAUCAGGAGGUCAAAACGCAUCUCUAGUAUGUCUCGUCGCAUGUCUGUGGCGACCACAGCCUCUUACGCCAGCUCGACUACGAACCGUGAAAAUAAUCGCGAAUCUAUGCCUCCCGUCCCCACCGUCGGUGAUGCCUGGCUCAGCGCGAAUAGCGGUACUACUAGCAGUAAUCGCAAGUCGCAGGUACAGACCACGGGAUCUAUCGCGCCGUCUCCGCCUGCUCUUGCGCGGUCUGGCUCAAAUCUGCGACGCGUGCAACAUCGCAGCUCAGUCAGCGUGAGCUCAUCUGUCAUUCUCACCGACGAGGAUCAGCAGUCUACUGAUACCCGUCGUACAUCUCCUCCACUGUUUGAAGCAGGGGAGGAGAGCGAUGAGUUCCGAGACUUCCAGAGAAACGCCGCCGCUCAAAGUAUGCGACAGUCUCCGGCGAUGACAGGCCGACCGUUCUCGGUAUUUUCGCGAGCCGAAACGAUUGCCAGUAUAAUGUCCGACAACAACUCUUAUAUCGAGGUAGACAACGUCGACGACAUACCGGAAGAAGCUUCAGAUGCUGAGUUUGAUGGUGCAGAGGAUGUCGAUGGUGGACCUACACGGUGGAUCAGAGGCGCUCUAAUCGGUGCUGGCUCGUUUGGUAGCGUGGUCUUGGGCUUGAAUGCGCUCACCGGCGAGCUUAUGGCAGUGAAACAAGUCGAGCUGACGCAAAACAAUAGACAAGGUGACCAAGCCAGAAAGAAGUCUAUGAUCGACGCUUUGCAGCGCGAGAUCCAGCUUCUACGAGAUCUGCAGCACGAGAACAUUGUGCAGUAUCUUGGAUCGAACUCAGAUGGACAGUUUCUCAAUAUUUUCCUGGAGUAUGUUCCUGGUGGAUCAGUCGCGACUCUUCUGAAUAACUACGGACCCCUGGAGGAACCCCUGAUCAGAAUUUUCGUGAAGCAGAUCUUGUGUGGCCUGAAUUAUCUUCAUGGUCGAGAUAUCGUUCACCGCGAUAUCAAGGGCGCAAACGUGCUGGUCGAUAACAAGGGAAAGAUCAAGAUCUCAGAUUUUGGAAUCUCGAAGCGUGUUGAAGCAGGCCUUCUAGCAAGCGGAAACAAUCAACCCCAUCGUCCUUCUCUACAAGGAUCUGUUUACUGGAUGGCUCCAGAGGUCGUCAAGCAGACAUCCUACACUAGAAAGGCCGAUAUCUGGUCUUUGGGAUGCCUUGUGGUCGAGAUGUUCACCGGAACGCAUCCGUUCCCUGAAUUUUCCCAAAUGCAAGCGCUCUUCAGAAUCGGAACUCAGGCAUGCACGCCCGAAAUUCCCAAAAUCGCAACUCCGAUCGCUCGAGAAUUCCUAAACUUGACAUUUGAGCUCGACCACGAGAAGCGACCGAUCGCAUCCGAGCUACUCGACCACGCGUUCUUGGAGCCAAUCGUCGCGGUCGGGGCGGGCAACUCUGUCUCGAAUUUCUCAAGUGCGGAGGCUACGCCUGCGCCACUACCUGAGGGCGUUGCGGCUGCGCUUAUGAAGUGAAAUGGUGAAUCGGUCGACUGAGUCGUCUCAUGAAGACAUAUGUGCAAUCAAGUGAAUAUACGGGACAUGAAGAAGGAAUGCAGCGGUAAAGAUCGCAAAUCUCGAAGAAAGAGACAACAUUUUGAUACCAGAUGUGCAGGAGCAUUCACUUUCGUCGUUUGACGGUUAUUAUUUUUGGAUGGGAAUCGUUUGCUUAUAUAUAUACCUUAAUAAUCGCUUGUGUAUCUGGAGUUAUUUCUGUAUUUCGGUUUUUUGUUUUGUGCUGCGAGGGUUCUUUUAUAUAUAUGGAAUUUGAUCACUUUCGUUAAAAGAUUAUUGUUGACUGGUGAUUAUACAGAUAAGACUAAUCGAAUUGUAGUUAAAGCAAGUAAUUAUUACACA